CCAUGAUAUUGGAAGACGAUGAAAUGUAUUAAUUUGCGACUACAAUUUCAGUAAAAGUUCACACAACACUACAUUUCGUGUGAAAGCCCAGCUGAAGGGUAAUACAAUGUCACAAUGGGGUGAAAGUGUGACAGUCGAGUUUGGCGAUUUGCAGGCAACAUGUAUGGGUUUAGACUGCUUGGGAAAAUGGGCAGUUCUUCCUGGGCGUCGGGUGCUGGCCCUUGUUGACCUUGAUAACCCGGUGGAGAAGGUGCAUCGUCUGACACGCCAGAGUAAAUAUGACAUCAGCUGCGUGCAGUGGAACCCACAUGCAUCCCACGCACAUUGGUUCUCGUCUGCAAGUAUGCACAAGCUGGAGCUGUACUCCUGGGACAAUGCCUCCAGCAAACAGGUCUGCACAAUGAAGGCACACACACGCAACAUCAGUGACAUUGACUGGUCGCCCUUUGAUGUGAAUGUGAUAGCCUCGUGUUCUGUUGAUGCCUACACCCUACUGUGGGAUGUGAGAGAGCCCAAACGGCCCUGUGCUUCCUUUCAGAGUGUCUGUGGGGCCUCACAGGUGAAAUGGAACAAGGUUACAAACAACAUGUUUGCCACAUCUCACGAAGGCGAUGUCAGGAUAUGGGAUCCUAGGAAAGGCAACACGCCAGUGCUGUACCACACGGCCCAUCUUGCCAAGAUUCAUGGCCUGGACUGGAGUCCAUUCAAGGAAAACUGCUUCACCACUGCAAGUCAAGACGGCUCUGCUAAGUUCUGGGAUCAUACCAACUUCCGUCAAUAUAAAGGGAUGCUGAAGUCUGGACUGCCAGUGUGGAGGGCAAAGUACACUCCUUUCGGUGACGGUCUGAUAUCCGUGGUGAUGUCUACCCUGUCUCGCGGGGACAACAGCCUGUUCAUGUGGAACAACCUGAGCCUGAACGAGCCUGUGCACCAGUUUGUGGGUCACAUGGGAACAGUGGUGGAGUACAUGUGGAGAAAAAAGAAAGAAGAUGAAAAGGACUAUCAGCUUGUCAGCUGGUCUAGGGAUCAGAAUCUGAAAAUCUGGAAAGUGGAUUCCCAACUGCAACGGCUGUGUGGUCAUGAGGUACUGGACUGUGUUGAUGAGACGUUGCUAGAGUCCACGGACUCCACGAGGGAGGUGCUCCAGUCCAUGUCAGCGCCCGAGGUUACCAUGGGAACCAGUCAGUCAGAGCGUCAGACCAUGACCCUCAUGCAGGAGUUCUCCCUUGUCAACAAGUUCAUCCCUAAUGUCACAAUUAAUGUGCUGGACAGUGCCAAUCGCUACUGCAGUAUGUCCAUCAACUCUGGGAAGCACGCUAUCUGUGUGACCGUGACCUUCCCCGAAGAGUACCCAAACAAUGCCCCACCCAAUUUUGAUUUGACCUCCUCUACAGGCCUACCCCCUGCUUUGAUAAAGAAACUUUUGAGGGUUAUGAAUGAGACUAUUCAGAAAAGCGUGAAAAAGAACCUGAACUGUCUGGAGCCAUGUAUUCGUCAAGUGGCCAGCGCCUUUGACAGCAUGAACUUGGAGGAGAGGAAGACUCCAGAUACAGACCCCUUCCCAGUGACAGGUGGCUUCCACGCGCCCUUCAUUCAUCCACUGCCCUUCUCUGGAUACCAAGACAACUCAAUACCAUUUCCAAGAACUUGUGGUGCACAAUUCAACUCUGUGGGUUUGCUGAUAUGCUUUAGGCGGUCAAAGGAAGCCAUUAUUGGUGAAGAAAAAACUCCAAAGGCCCUGUCCGAGUUGGCUGUAAUUUCAUCAACCAAUAGAGUUCGGAGUGCAACAAGCAGCGCUAGUUAUGCAUUGUAUUCGAGAAGUCCACCCACCCCAAAAUCUGAAAUAGGAUCUGUGGGUCAGUGGUACAUCCAAAACAAGAGACAAAGAACAAAGUCAAGGACUUUCAAGGACAUUCCUGAGGGUAAGCGAAGCAUUGGUGACAAGGACCGAGUUGUGAAGGACAAGAAGAGAAAGGGAAUGAGACUGGAGCCAGUACUCAUCUACGACACCCACUAUCUCCUGAACAUCCACAGGGAGUUGGGGGAGAAAUAUAGUUUAAACCUCAACAAUUUGACUGCCAUGUGUGAACACAACAAAAUAGAGGCCGCCUCAGUGGGCAGAAGAGACCUUGUCAGGUUGUGGUCGCUGAUUCCUGUGAUCCACAACCCGUCUCUGCAUCCAGACUUGAAUCCCGACGCCGGGACACCCUGGGCCCAGCGACCCCUAGGUCGGGGCAUGGUCGAGUCACUGAUGAACCACUACAAGUCAAUUGGGGACAUACAAACCCUGGCCAUGCUGUGCUGCGUGUUCUGGGAUAGAAAUUACUUCCAGUCUCUAAGCUCUCUCAACAGCAACGCAAUUAAAAAGUCAGCAUCAAAAGUGUCGCUGGAAUUUGAGCCUGUAAAUUUUUAUAACCCCUAUCACACAGUAUCGUCCAUGUCUGGGUUACUCAGGAGCUUCAACAUGUCUGACAAUGCCCUGUCACCCUCAUCACAAUUAACAACCAUUUCAUCCCCCAUGGCAACCAUUGCCAUGGCACCCAAUUCCAGCACUCCAUCGAGAGCCAUGGUGAAGCUCAAAAGAUCCAACAGCUACAAUGACCUUUCAUUUGAGGACUACAAGUUUGCAGACGAGUCACAACCCAAAGAGACAAUAGAGGAGCAAGAAAGAAAACAGCAUGAAAGUAAUUGCAGGAUGUUGGACCCGUCCAAGUAUGUACAGUUUGACCACAUGCUCAAGGUGUAUGCGGACAUUCUGGCACGCUGGGGGUUGCGCAAUCAGGCGGCCCACAUCAAAAAGCAUGUAACAGUGAGACCACAGUCACAUUCAGGAAUAGCUGAAGACAUAAUAGAGUUUGGUGUGCGUUGUUUCAAAUGUGAGACAGAAGUACGAGGGGUCAAGUGUACAAACUGCGGCCACCCAGCAUUCCACUGCGCCAUCUGUCAUACAGGAGUCAAAGGUAGUUCCAAUUUCUGCCUAAACUGUGGUCACGGUGGUCACUCGAGCCACAUGCAGGAAUGGUUCAAGCAUGAGACCCAGUGUCCCUCGGGCUGUGGAUGCUUGUGCCUCAAGUGGAACCCAUUCUAGAUGGGCAAGCAUGGCACAGUGCCAGGUGCAGUUGACGUUUAUAGAGACAGGACUGUUGAAUCACAAUGAUGUUAUGUUAUACACCCACAAGAUUUCUCAAAGAAACCUUCGUAGGUGUGAAUGGGCUUCUAUAAAACUUUUCUGAGGGGUGGAUAUGGAGCCCUUCAAGGAGCUGCUAUGAGAGUGUUUGCCAUGUACAUUUGAAGUUUUUUAAAGGGAUUUAAGUGGUCGGCACAGAACUAAUCAAACCUAAAAAUUUAUGUUAGAAACCUAAGUCUGUGUACUGGGUUGUCAUAAGAUACUGGCUAAUGUACUAAAGUAAAGCCUUCCGAGGGCUGUAGAUCUAAGUAGUUUACCUGCUGUAGAUAUGCAAAGCACUCAAACCAGUUUUGCAUUCAAUCAUCAAAUUAUUUCAUGUGUCUCUAAAGGUCAUAUUUCUAGGGUCUGUGAUUGCAAAAACAUUUCUUAGAGUACAUAAUUAUGUGAUGGGCCUCAAAUGAACAUUUUUUGGGGAUUGUUAUAAAUUAGUCGGUAAUUUAUACGCAGAUGUGAAAUCUGUCAUGAUUGGGUUGAUUAGUUAAAAAUGUGAUAAAUCUCCAUGAAUGGUCCCUAUUGUUAAGUGAUAUACAUCUUUUGUAUCUGUGAUAAGGUAUGAGUUAAGAACGAGACAUUCUUAUUAAGUGGACCAUGUUAGUGUAAGUUUGUAUGUUGAUAAUGUAUAAUACAUACGUCAUAAGUAUAAUCAACCUUUUACUUUUCUAUACAGGAAGGAGUACUUUUAGCUAUAGUGCAUUGCAUCAUAGCCGAAUGAGUGUUUUCUGAAAUACCUGUCUUGAUUGAUAUAUUGCUAGCUGUACAUAACGGGAUUUGAAGUUAUUAAACCCAUAAAAUGAGGUAUAUUGCUAUUACCAUGGUGGUCUGUCAUACUGCAAUGUUAAUUUUGUGUCACGAAGUUGUCUCAGUUUUCUGCCUAUCAGAAUAAAACUUAUUAGAUAGGUUUUUUACACUAUUUAGAAGUGUAAGACAUCAUUUUUGUUUACGUUGUGAUAUGCUCUGCAGAGUUAUGUUUCUUGAACUGAGGCAAAUUUUGGAAACAUACAUCAUGGUACAUGUGUACUUUGUGUUUUGAACUGUUAUUUCAGUUUUCUGAAAAUCAAUAUCAGACUGUAGAGAUUUGUUGUUUAUACUAUGUACAUGUGUAAGAUAUUAUUUUCACAAGAUUACAUGUAUCUGCAGAGUUAUGUGCCCUUCAACUGGGGAAAAUUUCGGAAACUUACAAGUGAACUUAGUGUCGCGAACUGCUCGAACAGGAAAACAGAAAAAAAUGUAUUAGUAAUUUAAAGCAAAGUCAGUUUAGAACAACAAAGUAUCAGUUAGUAUGUAGAGCCAUCUGUUACCAAUUUAGAAAUGCAAACCUUUAAUAUGAACACAUUUGCAAUAAAGUGUAAUUGUAGGAACAAUCUGUAUAAUAACUCCAUUCUGUAAUCAGUGUUGACGUAUUGAAAGUUAUUCAACAUUUUUGUUGUUGACAAUACUAAUCUAUUUUCUACUCGACUUUUGUUAACACUCAUGAGUGUUUUGUGCAAUAUGUUAUUUGUUCAUCUGUUUAAUUGUUGUUUUGGCUUUGUUGUUCAUAUUGAUCCAUACGUAUGUUGUUUUCAUUAAUAAAAUGAUCACCAAAGCUGUUUUGAUGGUGUUAAUACCCUGGUUUUGGUCCACUAAUAUCAAAUCAACAAAUUUUAGCUAUAUAUUGCUUACCCAUGCGCCAGUGAAGGUUUCCAUGUAAAAACACCAUUUCUACAGGUGUUCAAUGGAAACUUCAUGUGUCUUUGGUGUCAUUAUUUGAGUUCACUGACCAAGCCUGUAACUUUGACUUGCAAUUUUGCAGAAAUAUUUGCCCGUCUUUUGCUUAGAAAAUGCAGGCUUAAGUGUGUUUGCCAGAAGUACAAUAAGCGUAAGUUAAAGCAUAACACGGACAGCAUUGUUACAUUACUUUUAUCUAGGAAAGAAUAAUUUGUUAAACUUUGGCAUUGCGAUAGAGAAAUUGCUUACCUUCACAACCCAUGUACCCAUUAGGUAUUACUAACGAUUUAAAUUUUUAUCUCCCGCCAUAGGCCGCGGGAUAUUGUUUUGGCGACCGUCUGUCCGUCUUUCCCUCCGUCUGUGCGGCACUUUUGUGUCCAGAGCCAUAUCUUGGAAGUGCUUUGGCGCAUUUCAUUGAAACUUGGUAUGAGUAUAUACAUGUAUAUGGAUAAGAGGAUGAUGCACGCAAAAUGGCAUUGUACACCAUCUGUUAUUAACGGAGUUUUGGCCCUUUGUAUGUUGAAAAAAUGCUCACUGUUGUGUCCGGAGCAAUUUCUUGAAAGUGCUUUGGCGGAUUUCAUUGAAACUUGGUAUGAGUAUAUAUAUGGAUAAGAGGAUGAUGCACGCCAAAGGGCAUUGUACACAAUCUGUAACUAAGGGAGUUCAUGCCCUUUGUAUCUUGAAAAAAAUGCUUUUUAAUGUUAGCUUAGAGCUUUAUCUCAAUUAACACAUGAGCCAGAGCAAUGAAGCUUGCCAUUGUUGUCCUCAAUCAUCUGGGUGUGCUUCACAUUCAACGCCAAUAAUCCUAGGGGUCAAGGUUACACAUUGAGGUCAAAGGUCACAAUUUUGACGAAUUAUUCAUUUUUAUGUCCCCAAUAUUGAAGGUCAAAGUUAAAAUAUAUGGGUCAAAAUUGCUCAUUUAAUGUACACUUUUGCAAUAUUGAAGAUAGCAACUUGAUAUUUGGCAUGCAUGUGUAUCUCAUGGAGCUGCACAUUUUGAGUGGUGAAAGGUCAAGGUCAUCCUUCAAGGUCAAAUAUAUGGGUACAUAGUGUUUCACAAACACAUCACUUGUUUUGUCAUUCCUUUACUAUGCAUCAAGGGAUUCUGUAAUAACUGUCCACAAUUGUUCUCCAUUAUCUAGCUGCGAGUCAAAUAUAAGAUCCAGAUUGCUAGGGUCAUGGUCAAAGUCACACACAAUGGUCAAAAUCACACAUUUUGAUUAAAUAUGCCUUAUUUGGUAAGGAUUCUACCAUACUAAAAUGGAUUCUCAAAAUGUCCUGAUGUAAUUGUUCUCAAUUAUCAGGCACAACCCUUCA